AUGGACGUCAAAUUUGUAGAAGACGCCACCGAUGCUCACGAUUGCAGUGAUGAUGAUUCGGACGUGGGAGAGAACAUGCCGAGGGUCUCGCUUCAACCAGAAACUAUUGCUAUCCCAAUGCCAUCCAACUUCGGCAAGAAAAGAUGUGAAGAGCUUGGAAUUGAAGCCCUUGUCAGACAAGAAAUCACUCUCCAUGAAGGACAGGCCAAUGAUGUCUUGCACACCAUCAGAAAAUAUUGGCCGUUGGAAAGAACUGAGCUCAAGGCAAACUUGGCUGUCGCAGACCUAAACAUACGAGGUCAGAGAAAUUCGAUGCUGCCGUGGUUUUGGUCUUUGGAUGUUCAGGGGGAUUCGGUGAACAACAACUGGCUCAAUGAAUGGUGCAUUGGCUUCAUACAAAAGCUUUGUGAGACUGCUGGGCUGAAGAGUUAA